AUGAGCGAAUCCAAUUCGACGUCUUCGGAGCCUCUGGACCUUAUCAGGUUAUGUCUAGACGAGCAAGUGUUCGUGAAGCUUAGAGGAAGCAGAGAAAUGGUGGGAAAAUUACAUGCUUACGACAUGCACUGCAACAUGGUGUUGAGCGACGCUACAGAGACUAUUUUCUACACCGAGCAAGACUCGCCGGAGAUCAAGUCGAGAACCAAGAAAAGCGAUAUGGUGUUCAUUAGAGGCGACUCGGUGAUACUUGUUUCCGACGCCGCAAACGUGUAA